CUGUGCGCGUGCCCGCGCUUGCGCUGGGCCACUGCGCCGUGGUGACUUCCUGCAGGUCUGGUGUGUCGAGGCUACCUUCCCUCCCGCAGCCUUUGCGUUCGCUAAGCUGGAGUCGUCGAGCCUGCGGUGCCGAGGCUGGAGCUUCCGGGGCGGCAGCGAACACACUCGGCUGUGCGGGCCGGGGAGGCCUAGCGGGAGCUCGGCGCGGAGGCCGACAGGGGCAGCGGGGACGCCUGCUCGCAGGUCAGUCAGCAGUGUCUACAGUUCCUCAAGAGGAGGAGAACAUGAGCAGAUCAAAGGGCCCACUGUCAUUCAAGGAUGUGGCCGUGGCCUUCUCCCAGGAGGAGUGGCAGCAGCUGGACCCUGAGGAGAGGACGACAUACAGGGAUGUGAUGCUGGAGACCUACAGCAACCUCGUCUCCUUGGGGUAUGACGUUACCAAGCCAAACAUGAUUAUUAAGUUGGAGCAGGGAGAAGAGCCCUGGACAGUGGAAGGCGACCGCCAUGCUCAGAGGCAUUUGGAAAUCAGUAAAGUUUAUGACCCCAGAGAAGGAAUUGAGGAAAUUGGCGAGAAACAUCUGCAGUGCGGUGAUGACCCGCACUGCUGGAGAGCUGAGAAGGGGGCUGCUUUUGAUGAAGCCUACACCCUCGAACCAGCCCUCAUUUCCCCCAGCUCAGGUGCUCAUAGCUGUGUGUCCUGUGGGGAGACCCUGGAGUCGGUUUCAGAACUAAUUAGCAGUGACGGACGCUAUGCACUGGAGAAGGCCAGCAUGUGUUUUGAGUGUGGGAAAGCAUUCGGAGAAAGCCUUGAAGACUUUAACCAAGAUGAGGGUAACUCCUCUCAACACGAUGAAAAUAUUUUGCAGAAAGUCACCAUUUUGGAGAAACCCUUUGCUUAUGAGUGCAUGGAAGCCUUAGACAGUGAAAGUGUUUUCAUGGCUCCUGAGAGAGCUUACAUGGGGGAGAAGCCCUAUGACUGGGGUGACUCUGGACCAGACUUCAUCCAGAUGUCGGACUUCAGUACAUAUCCGAGAUCACAAAUGGAACUGAAGCCCUUCGAAUGUACAGAGUGUGGGAAGUCCUUCUGUAAGAAGUCCAAAUUCAUCAUCCAUCAGAGAGCUCACACAGGAGAGAAGCCGUACGCUUGCAGUGUGUGUGGGAAGUCCUUCAGUCAGAAGGGAACGCUCACUGUCCAUCGGAGAUCACACUUGGAGGAGAAGCCCUAUAAGUGUGAUGAGUGUGGGAAGUCCUUCUGUCAGAAGUUACACCUCACACAGCACCAGAGAACUCACUCAGGAGAGAAGCCCUAUGAAUGUAGCGAGUGCGGGAAGUCCUUCUGCCAGAAGACGCACCUCACUCUCCACCAGAGGAACCACUCGGGCGAGAGGCCCUACCCAUGUCAUGAAUGUGGGAAAUCCUUCUCCCGGAAGUCUGCCCUCAAUGACCAUCAGAGGACACACACAGGAGAGAAGCUCUAUAAGUGUAACGAGUGUGGGAAGUCCUACUACCGGAAGUCCACCCUCAUUACACACCAGAGGACACACACAGGGGAGAAGCCCUAUCAGUGUAGUGAGUGUGGGAAGUUCUUCUCUCGGGUGUCGUACCUCACCAUACACUAUCGGAGCCACUUAGAAGAGAAACCUUACGAGUGUACAGAAUGUGGGAAAACCUUCAAUCUAAACUCUGCUUUCAUUAGGCACCGGAAGGUCCAUGCAGAAGAGAGAGUCCAGGAGUGUGGCGAGUGUGGGAAGCCAUCCCUGCUGCAGUGUGCCCCUGAUCACACAGGCGACCUAGGAGAGAAGCGCUACAAGUGUAAUGAGUGUGGAAAGACCUUCCUUGACAGCUCGGCCUUCCAUAGGCACCAGUCCGUCCCCGAAGGGGAGAAAACUUAUGAGUGUAAUAUAUGCGGGAGGUCCUUCUCGGAUUUGUCAUGCUACACUGUGCACUACAGAGGGCAUUCCGAAGAGAAGCCCUUCGGCUGCAGCGAAUGUGGGAAAACCUUCUCUCAUAACUCAUCCCUCUUUAGACAUCAAAGGGUCCACACGGGCGAGAAGCCCUACGAGUGUUACGAAUGUGGAAAGUUCUUCUCUCAGAAGUCGUAUCUCACUAUCCAUCACCGGAUCCAUUCGGGAGAGAAGCCCUAUGAGUGCAGCAAGUGUGGGAAAGUGUUCUCGCGGAUGUCGAACCUCACCGUACACUACCGAAGCCAUUCAGGAGAGAAGCCGUAUGAGUGCAACGAGUGUGGGAAAGUCUUUUCUCAGAAGUCGUACCUCACCGUGCAUUACCGGACUCAUUCAGGAGAGAAACCUUAUGAAUGUAACGAAUGUGGGAAAAAAUUCCACCACAGAUCAGCCUUCAAUAGCCAUCAGAGAAUUCAUAAAAGAGGCACUGUAAAUGUACUCAAUGUAGAAAAGCUCUGACAUGCCAAGGAUUUUUUGGUUUUGGUUUUGGUUUUGGUUUUUUUGAGACAGGGUUUCUCUGUGUAGCCCUGGCUGUCCUAGAACUCAUUCUGUAGACCAGGCUGGCCUCAAACUCAAAAAUCCGCCUGCCUCUGCCUCCCAAGCGCUGGGAUUAAAGGUGUGCGCCACCACUGCCCAGUGACAUCUCAAUUCUUAAGAAAAGCAUUUGGUUAUAGUGAACAUUGGAAGUCCAAUAGGUAGUCAAGGGUGGACACUCCCCAGUCCCCCCCCUCCCAGUUUUCAAUAUAUGUGGUGCUGGGAUUAUGGGCCUUUUGCAUGCUAUAGACAUUCUGCACUGAGCUGUAUGGCAGCCAUUCACGAGCUGAACAUCCACGCUCUGGAGUGCGGAGUCCUAAAACAAAGUCCAUUUUAACAUGAGUUUUCAGAGAGGAAUCUGUAAAGAAACCACCCGUGACCGUAUGAUUCAUGGGACGCUAGGUCCCCUUUACAGGAGUGAACCUUUGAAAGUAUUUAAUAUUUAUUUUUAUUUAAAUCGUAUUUACAUAUCAGGGAGUUCUGCUGUGAGCUGUCAGCUCCUGAGUCUAACUCGCCUUGGAAACGCACACUAAAAGCCAUAUUUCUGAUGUUACAACGGGUGUUUGUGGAAAAGAUGCAAGAAGCUAUGAGUUCCGAAUAAACUUAUAAAGUGAAGUCAUGAAGCCAGCAGUUGAGCAUGAGGGCGACUGGAAACGCGGCACUUCUGCUGCUCUGGACACGCCACUGAGCAGUCUCUAUGCAAUGUUUGCCACUCUCGGCUUUGACUCGUUGGUGAGAAGGAUUAAAAUGGCUGUUACAGUGGGUACGUGGGUGGGAUGUGCUAGCCGAGAGCGGGGUUCAUAGCUUUCUACGUCGGUGCUUACCAGUAGAGUGGUUUUUGUAAAAUAUUUUCAACUGGAAUUGAGCAAAAAAAAUUUUUAAAAUACUAUUUUGAUAAGCCAUGCUGUCCAGUGUUGUGUUGCUGUGAAGAGGCCCUAUGGCCAUGGGAAUUCUUGGAAAGGAAAACAUUUCAUUGGGGCUGCACUGUGAUGGUGGGGAGCAUCAUGGCGGCAUGCAGGCAGACACGAUGCUGGAGAGGUAGCCGAGUGCCACAUCUGGAUCCACAGGCAGCAGGGAGAGAGAGACUGGGCCUGACUUGAGUGUUUGAAAACCCAAACCUACCCCCUAGUGACACACUUCCUCUAGCAAGGCAACACCUAUUCCAGCAAGGUCAUACCUGGUGCCACUUCCUAAUGACCCAAGGUCCAAAUCUAUGAGCCUAUGGUGGCCAUCCCUACCCAAACCACACAUGCAUACAUAACUCGGGGUUGCUUGUGGCCAUUUCACUAGAAGAGUGUAUUACUAUAAAUAUGUCGUCAUUUCUGUUUCUUGCCUCCUAUUUCCAGGGCUUUAGAACACAGUAUUCAUCUACCAGACAUUUUCUGGUUGAUACUUUUUGGCAUAAUCCCUUGCUAAAAAGAGUUUGGCUACCUACCGUUUCUCCAUGUGAGAAUCCCGAGCAAGGAGUUUAAAUCAAUAAUCACGAUCCUCUUCUGAUUGCCAGUCCAGUCGCCUCUCAUUGCCCACAGUAGAUGCGUCCCAGGACCCCCUGUUCAAUACCUGAAGCGAAAUAGUCCCAAACCAUGAGUACCAUGGUUCUGCAGCACUUUAAGGUUGUCGCUGAGACGGCUGCUUAGCGGUGGACAAGUCGUGAAUGCAAUGUGGAAUUCCUGACACUCGGGUGAGAUUUCAUAGAUGUCGACUGACACCUCAGGAGUUGAGGGCUGAGGAUAGGUUCCGUGGGAAGGCCCUUGCCCAGAUGGCAUGCAUGAGGCCGUGUUUAAUUUCCAAUACUCCUCUCCCCAGGUAUUGUUAAUCCGUGUCCGCUUAGUAUGUUUGCACUGUGAUUAGCAGCCCGUCCCACAGAUAACUAAGACUACAGAAAGUCAGGCUUGAGGUUAGGAGGAGACCCUACCAUAACUUGAUUAUAGAGGUUAUGGGGCCGACCCCAGAUGAACCAGAUGCAGAUGCUUGUUCCGUAAAUAGUGGUCGACCAGACCCAACCUACUCCAGGAAUACAGAGAGAGCUGAAUAUCUUAACAGUCAGGAAGAAAAUCCAUGUGGAAAACUUAGCAGAGCAUGGAGAAGAACCCCCUUGGUUAGACAAAAGGUCUAACCAAGCUACUCUGGGCGCCAGAACAGUGUAAUAUUGACACUUACUAAAACAUGGCCUACCACCAGUGCUCUUACGUGACGCUGGACAGGAAGCCCUGGCCAGUCCAGGGGAUAUUCAGAUCACAGUUAGAAAUAAUGAGGAAGCUGAACAAGGGCCUUGCAUACAAGGCCAUUUUUAUAACACUGAAGGUUUCAAGAAAAUAAAAAGCAUAAAUUAUUUUGAGAGCAAUGCCUAUUUAAAACACUCCUCAAGUGCCUAAGGAAAAAUUCAUUUUUCGAGAAUUAUGUCUAGGAAAAAAACAAAAUGUGGCCACACAGUAGGGCCUCUUGUGGUUUUCAAGAGAAGCUCGAGGGAUGUCAGUUUCCCUGUAAGCCCAUGUGCCAUGGACUCUCAAACCUAGUUAUUUCAUGGAAAUGAGCAUGCUGAGUCUGAGACAUAGAGCCAACAGAUUAAUAAUUCCUGAAGCUAACUUGUAAAAUAGAAGGGCUGGGGUGUAGAGGCUGGAGAGAGAGACAGCUCAGCAGUUAGAGUGUGUGCAUUCUUGCAGAAGGCCUGAGCUCAGCUCCUAGCAUCUACAUGAGACAGCUCACAACCACCUGUAACUUCAGCUCCAGGGCAUGCAACAUACUCUUUUCAUGUACAUAUACAAUACACACAAAAGUGUGGUUUUUUAAAAAAAAAAUUAAAAAUUGAUUGUGGUGACUUCAGGCCUGUAAUUCCCGCACAGAAGAGGCAGGAAGUGCUGUGACUUCAAGACUUGGGUGACAAGAGCGUGUAUGUAGUGAGACGCUGAAUCAAAACAGAAUAAAGCAAUUGCUACUCACUAGUGUUGAAAUGUUGUAAAGCCAUAGACAGUAUGGCAUAAGAGUAAAUUGACCAUGAGAAUAGAAUAUUACUCAGGUCCUGGAAAUGUGGGUCAUCUGUCUUAGCAAGUGACACUUAAGAGGCAAAGAUAACACUUCUGUUUGAUGUUUUGUCAGUUGUGUGUAUAAUGAACAGUAAAACCAAAUUAGGCCGUUUGUUUAUGAAGUGUGAAAUAAUGUGAGAGUAGGAAGGGCAUACAUGGUGAUCAUUCGUAGUGAGCCAGCACUGAAGGGCAGAGGCAGAUGGAGUCAGCUGGAUUCACAAAGCAAGUCCCAGGCCAGUCAGGACUGUGUAGUGAGACCUUGCCACACACACAAAAAAACUUAGGGGGUUUUGUGCUUUUAGUGCAGGCAGUGUUCUAAGCAAGAUUGAGAAGGUUUUAAAGCAUAAAGGUUUAAUUGAAUUAUACUGAAUUGAAUUUGUGGUUAGUAAGACACAAUUAAGAAAGUAGAGGGUAGGGAACAGCGACUGCUCAUUGCUUGGGCAUCUCUUAACCACCUGUAACUCCAGUUCCACACCCAGCAACACCGGUCUCUGCAUCCACCUGAACAUACGCAGACACAAUUUUCAAUAAUCCUUAAGUGAGUGGGAUGGGCUGGAGAGAUGGUUCAGCAUUUAAGAGCACUUGCUGCUCUUCCAGAGGACCUCAGUUAAGCUCUUAGUACCCAUGAUAGGUGGCUCACAACCAUCUCUAACUCAACCUCCAAGGGGUCUGACACCCUCUUCUGGUCUCUGUGGACAUCUGCACUCUUGUGUGCAUCACACACGUGACAUUAAGAAUACAUCAUUUUGGG